CAUUGCGUGGGCGGGAAGAGCCUCUUGCAGUGUCCUGCUUAAGUUGUUGCUGUCCACAGCUGGGCAUGGAGCACUAUAAAUGAAAUCCCAAAAGGAGAGGAAAGGAGACUGUUAAAUGCUCCUUAAAACGUGUGCAGCUUUUAUAACUGCAAGUGUUGCUAAUAAUGGGGACGUAUGAUGACUCAGCCAGAUUCAGAUCUAGAAGAGGAUGCUCUAAAGGAGGAUUUGAAGUUUUACUUUAUGAACCCAUGUGAAAAAUACAGAGCCAGACGUCAAAUCCCAUGGAAACUGGGUUUGCAGAUUCUAAAGAUUGUUAUGGUUACCACACAGCUUAUUCUUUUUGGCUUGAGUAACCAGUUGGUGGUUUCCUUCAAAGAGGAGAACACUAUUGCUUUUAAGCAUCUAUUUCUGAAAGGCUAUUCAGGAGUUGAUGAAGAUGAUUAUAGUUGCAGUGUAUACACACAGCAGGAUGUUUAUGACAGCAUUUUUUUUGCUAUUAAUCAGUACUGCCACUUAAAGAAUAUAUCUCUGGGCACACUUAGUUAUGAACAAGAUGAAGACGAUGUGUCAGGCUUACAGAUCUGUAAACAACAGUACAAGAAAGGCACAAUGCUUCCUUCUAAUGAUACGCUGAACAUCAGCAUUGCCAUUGAAACAGACUGCAUUCACCUAGACCCAGAGAUGAUCGCCACUAAGGAAUUUGGUGAUUUGAUGAUGAUCAAUUCAUCGUUUUUCAACUUUGAAUUUUAUAGGCUUAUACAAGUUGAAAUCUCCUUUAAACUUAAAGGCAUUGAUCUACAAACAAUUCAUGUGCGAGAACUGCCUGACUGCUACGCCUUUCAAAAUACUAUUACUUUCAACAACAGAGCCCACAGUGGCAAAGUAAAAAUUUAUUUUGAUAGUGAUGCUGAUAUUCAAGAAUGCAAAGACUGGCAUAUAGCUGGAUCUAUAGUUCAGAAAAACACUCAAUAUAUUUUGGUUUUUGAUGGAUUUGUCAUCGUAAGUUGCUUCGCUUCCCUUAUACUUUGCACAAGAUCCAUUAUUCUUGCUUUAAAAUUGCAAAAAAGAUUUGUGAAUUUCUUCCUGGAAAAGUACAAACGCCGUGUCUGUCAUGCUGAUCGUCUGGAGUUUAUAAAUGGAUGGUAUGUCCUGGUGAUUAUCAGUGAUGUGAUGACAAUUAUCGGCUCUAUAAUGAAAAUGGAAAUAAAAGCCAAGAACCUCACAAGUUAUGAUGUUUGCAGCAUAUUACUUGGAACAUCAACUCUAUUUGUGUGGGUUGGAGUCAUCAGAUACUUAGGCUAUUUCCAGACAUACAACGUGCUCAUUUUAACAAUGCAAGCAUCAUUGCCCAAAGUUCUAAGAUUUUGUUGUUGUGCUGGGAUGAUCUAUCUUGGCUACACAUUCUGUGGCUGGAUUGUACUAGGGCCUUAUCAUGAAAAGUUUGAAGAUCUGAACACAGUUGCUGAAUGUCUGUUUUCUUUGGUAAAUGGUGAUGACAUGUUUGCGACAUUUGCUCAAAUCCAACAGAAGAGCAUCUUGGUGUGGCUGUUCAGUCGACUGUAUCUAUAUUCCUUCAUUAGCCUAUUUAUAUACAUGAUCCUCAGCCUUUUUAUUGCACUCAUUACAGACUCUUAUGACACCAUAAAGAAAUACCAGCAAAAUGGCUUCCCAGUAACAGAUCUUCAUGAAUUCCUUAAAGAAUGCAGUAGCACAGACUAUAGCAAAGAACCACAGGCUUCCAUGCCUUUCAUCUGCUGUUGUAGAAGACGAGUCAGUGAUGACAACUUGAUACUUAUUAAUUGACAAUCUGCUGCCAGAAUUCACUGCUCAAGAAUGUUCAGAAGAUACAAACUGCUGUGAAAAAACAACCUCCCUCUCCUCUCCCCAUCCCUCCCCCCCAAAAAAAAAAUUUCAAGAGGACUUUUCAUUUGGAGGCAAUUCCUUAUAAACAUUUUGACCCAAUUUAAUUAGGUAGUUGCGUAGGGGGAAGGGAGCUGAGAGAGAAGCUGCUAAUGGCUGGUGUCAGCAGGCUGACCAUGAUGGAAGGUCAAAAGCUACCUCUAUUUGGACUAGAAUAAUGAAGAAUUGAUGACUGUUCUCACUCUGCAUUCUACCUUCUCUGGCCUGAACCUGAGGAACACUAUCUGUGGGAGCUGUGGUUGCUCAGCACCUUGUUUAGAUCCAGCAUGAAACUGACCAUCUGGUUCUUAAAUAUUUAUAUGAAGGAACAUAUUUAAAAAGAAUUCAGCACGCUUGUUUUUAAGUAGAAUGUUGAAUAUUGCAGUUCUUGGAAAGGAGUGUUUCAGGUCAUGUAUUUAAAGCGGUGUAUUGAAAUGAGAUUGUAAUUCCUGUUUGGCACAAAAUAUGAUUCAUAAGUUGCUUGAAAUAAAUGUAUGUAUUAUGCAGAGCUGCACAAAAAUGCAAAAUAAUCAAUG